AUGACCAGACUGAGCACACAGAAGAUGGAAGCAAAUAUUGUUGUGUUGGGAACAGAUAACGUUGGAAAAUCUGCACUAACGGUCCGCUUCCUAACACGAAGGUUCAUCGGAGAAUAUGGAGACAUUGAGUCCAUCUACAGUCACAAUGUCAUUGUGGAUGGAAGGGAGCAAACUCUCAAUAUAUGGGAUUCACCUUAUACUCAGGACCUGUCCACCGAGUCUUCCCUAUGUGAAAAGAGGGUCCAGUGGGCAGAUGGUUUUGUCCUGGUUUACAGCAUCUGUGAUCGGGCCAGUUUCAACACCGUCACCAGGCUCAUUCAGACCAUUAAGACCACCAAAGACUACCUGGGCUUGGAAAAGGUGCCAAUUGUCAUUGUGGGCAACAAGCGGGACCUGCAUCAUCGUCGCACCGUCCUGAGUGAGGAGGGUCGUCUCCUGGCCCUAGCUGCAGACUGCCAGUUCUAUGAGGUCUCUGCAGCGGAGAACUAUCACAGCGUCCUGAUGGUGUUCCAUGGCCUGGUGGACCGUAUCCGGGAGUCCAGAUCAGUCAUGAAGAAGCCAGCGGGCAUCAAGAGCAUCGUGAAGAGCAUGUCGGCUGUGUUUGCACGGAAAAGGACUGAUUCAUUGUGA